AUGCUCUGCCAGCAGUACAGCCACGAGCGCAUUGAGCUCCGCCUGUCUCGCCUGCAGCACCAUGCGUUUCAAUGCUUCUGCGUCAGUGUCUGCCUCUCCUUCCCCCGCCUCACACCAAUGCUCUCCCAAGUUGCUGGGGUCACCUGCACCAGUGCUUCCCUGCGCCCUCCCCACAGUACCCCUCCGCGUUCUCCUCCGUUCCCCGCUCGCGCCCCUCUAUCCGCCCCCGCCCACCUGGCCCCUCUUGGAGCCCUUGGCGCGCAAUCUCCCCACUUACCUCUCUCCCACCCUUCCCCACCCCUCCGCCUGCCCCUUCUCCGCUCCUCUGCCAUCCUGCUCCGCCCCUUGCUCCACCUUCUCCCAUCCCUCCCCACGUUUCCGCCAAACUCAAACCAUACGUGGCCAUAUCCCCCCUUCCCCCUCCCCUCCCCGCGCCUCCCCUCCCCGCUCCGCCUCUCCUUCGUCUGCGCACCCUCGCACACUGGCGCACACACCAAAUUGCGCGGGCUCUUGAGGAGGCGGCGGAAUGGGCUCGCGCGUAGCGGUGGUGAUGCCGGCGCGGGAGAGGAAAUGAUCCAGGCGGAGCGCAACUGGCGCGGACUUCCACCGCCUCUUUGCGCCGCCGCCGCCACCGCCGCCGCUUCAGCCUAUGCUGUUCGCAUGGACGUGCUGUUUCCGUCACUGCCGCAGCCGACUGUCCUGCCUAUGAGCGGUGCUUGCCCCAUGCGCCAUUGCCGCUGCUCUUCGCGCCUCUUCUCCGCCAUCAUGAAUUGGAAUGUAUCGCUCGUUGCGUAA